CAGUCCAAACAGUGCCUGGUCAAAUAUCCCUGUCCAGUGUCCACUCCACACUGUGCUGGUUGGGGGAGGAACUCGACCCCUUUUUCCCCUGCUCCUACUUCUCUCCUUGUGCCUGUAUCUAUCUCCCUGGAAAAUGAAAUAUGCUAAUAACAGAGAUAUGAAGCACCCUCUAGUAAGGAUGAGAAAAGUUCAUUCCCAGUCCUCUCUGGGGAGUGACACAGACUCGCAACCUGUUCUGAAAGAAGAGGAGGAAGAGGAGAAGGUAACACUAGAGGAGGAGAAAGAGACAGAAGAGGAGAAAGAAGGGGACGUAUUGACGGACUCAGAGCUGGAUCCUGAGUUGCCUGAGGAGUAUUCCCAUGGCCUGGAGGACCUGAGGUGGAACCUGAGCUCUCUAGAGAAGGCUGUAUAUCUCAGCCUGCCACCGUGGGUUCAGAGAGCAUUGCUGUGCAACCUCAUGGCUAAAUGUGGUGUAAACAACUCAUUCUUCCCAGCCCGUCUGCUGUCCUACCUGCUGCUGCCCUACAUACUGCCAGCCUCUAUCUUUCUCCAUGUCAACUACAGGGUGCUGUGUUGGCUCCGCCAAGUCCCAGGGAAGUGGCUGUGGCCGGGUGUGGAAAUGGCUGUGCCAUUCUUUCUAAAGCUCUCUCACCCCAGGAAGAACCUCAUGCACAGGUUGUGGCCCUCUGGUCCUGUCAGGUUUUGGCCCGGUGGUCCUGCCAGGUUGUGGCCCUGCAAUCCUAUCAGAUUGUGGCCCUACAAUCCUGUCAGGUUGUGGCCCUACAAUUCUGUCGGGUUGUGGCCCUGCAAUCCUAUCAGGUUGUGGCCCUGCAAUCCUAUCAGGUUGUGGCCCUUAAAUCUUAUCAGGUUCUGGCCCCUACGCUUUCUGGCAUCUGCCAAAGAAACACAUACACAGUUUAAGAGUGCAGAGGAUCCUCCUCCACAGCAGCGCCGUCGCUCUGUCCUGCGGUUCCAGCUGUCCACCACCAGCACCCAUUACACAACCGAGACCCCCAACACCCCAACCGAGAGCCACCUUGACCCCCUGGGCUUCUCCCUCCUCUUCAACCUGGAACUAGAGAUGGACAACCAGCCCAAUCAGCCCAACAACCAGUCUCUACUCCACCAUAGCGAGAGGCUGCUGCCACUGGAGUAUGGCCCCUGCAUAAAGGGAGAGGCCCUGGCCUCCCCACACAUCUCCUACAUGGGGGUGGAGGAAGAGGAGGAGAGGAUGUCUCAGGGAGGGGAUGAGGUGGAGGAAGGGUUAGCUCUCCUCCGCAGCCUUCCUGUGGAGUGUGCCAAUACUGGCUACUAAUGUUGGCUGACUUUAGGGUCAGGAGUUUUUCCCUGAUCGGGUCACAUGGUUGGGAAUGUGAUUUUCUCAGCAAAUGAAUAGCAGACCUAAGUCUGCCUGUAUCCAAUUCACAACUAGUUUGUACUUUGAAGUAUAAUGUAUGUUGAACCCGAUUAGUGAAGUCGACUCUCAUGAUAGCAUGAGGCAGUAAGCACAAAAGCUCUCUUUCUGCUACAGUCUUCCAUUCUCACUCCAGGUUUGACAAUGACUGGAAGGAAUGAUGAUUAGGGUAGAGUCCCUCUUAGUCACGUCACAUAGUCAAAAUAAUUCCCUCAUGUCCCUUAUCAGCUGACUUCCAGGUAAAGUAGUACUUACAUUAUAUUAGAUGUAUUUUAUGAAAUUGUAUAUGCAGCGCUUGAAAGAGACACUGGUCUCAAUGGUGACACCCUGAUUAAAUAAAGGUAAAUAAUGUCCACAGGACAUGUAUUACACCUCAACUAGUUUAAUCAGAUUACUUUCAGGUAUUUGAUCGUGGGUAUUGUUCAUCAAGUGAGUGGCAGUCCUAUGAGUGGGGGGCUACCUGGCAGAGAUGAAAAUAUAAUCUUGAACGGAAAACUCAGUUCGCCCACUGGCGGUAGGAAUUUACAGCCUUGGGCACAAGAAAGGCAGCAAAUAGCAAGCAGGACAUUUUUUCCUAUCUGGUUACUAUCAGUGUUUGAUAGGAUCCUAAUAAACACCAUUCAUUUGUUAGCUGACUAGUAAUACCUUUGAGACAAUGUUAAGCCUUUUCACCUUGACCAACUGUUUUGCUGAGGUUGAGUGGAACUUAGUUCAUUUAAAUAAAAGGAAUUAACAAAUGAAAA